UUUUAUUUUGUUUGUAUGUUUUUCCCUUUCUUUUCAUCUUGGGUUUCAGUAGAUUCUUGGGUUGAUUUUUCGGAUGAUCACUGAACAAACAAAUAUUUCUUUUUCAAUUCCAAUUAACAAAUAAACGGCUUUCUGAGAUAUAGUUAUUAGUUCUGGGUUUGAUUAUCACUUAUUCUCCCAAAAAAGUCACAUUUUUUUUAGUUUCAAUUUUCUUUAACAAAGAAAGUGGCUUUUUGAUAUAAUAGUUAUUAGUUGAGUGACCGUAUGAGAAAUCUAACUGUAUCUCUAUGUAUUCUUCAAUGAGUAACAGAAAAUUUUGAUGUAUGGUUUGUUUAUGUAUUGGACAGCUAGUGGAUUAUGGGAGACAAAUCUGGACUGCUUAAAGUGACAGUUGUUCAAGGGAGACGGUUGGUGAUCCGAGACUUCAAGAGUAGUGAUCCUUAUGUAGUUCUCAAGUUGGGCAAUCAGACCUCAAGAACCAAGGUCAAAAAUAGCUGCCUUAAUCCUGUUUGGAAUGAAGAAUUUGAUUUUUCCAUUUCAGACCCAGUGGAGGUUCUCAACUUGCAAGUGUUUGAUAAAGACCGUUUCAAGGCGGAUGACAAAAUGGGAAAUGCUCAUCUCAGCCUUCAGCCUUUAGUUGCUUCUGCUAGAUUGAGAAAGAUUCUUGGAGUUACUGCUACUGAAGGGACAACACUGAGGAAGGUUAUCCCAGACAGUGAUAACUGUCUAUCAGCGGACAGCAGUAUUGUUUGGGUGAAUGGUGAGGUUGUGCAAGACGUCUGGUUGAGGCUUUGUGAUGUUGAUUCUGGGGAUAUAGAACUGAAGAUCAAAUUGAUCAAUCUUCCCUCUAAUUAAGACUCGGAGAUUGAUCUGUUGAUAUUAGGACUGUUUACUUUCUUGUUGUGGAAAAGGAUCUCAAAGAUUUAGCAUGCGUUUAGUGUGAUGUGUGUCCAGUAGGAGAGCCGGCGCUGUAGCUUUAGUUUAUUCUCAAAUGUAUAUUCAUAAUGGUGUGUACUCAAUAGGUAUUUUGCUCCAGCUAAAUCCUUGUUAGAACAUUGCUUCUCCUAGUCCUUUUCAAUAGUUAACAGCGGCCAGAUGGAUAAAAUGCCAUUUCUAUGGGUUUGUUA